AAAAUUUCCCUUGUUGGUAUUGAGAAUUCCCAUCCAGUUAAAAUAUAAUAAAUAACUAUGGCAGUGGGUAACGAUAACUAAGCCGAAACCAGAACCAUCUUUCCAUGGAGAUAACGACAACCCUCCAUUGCUCCAACCUCCAUUUCCACACUUUCUUGAUCCCCAUUCCAGUCGUCACUUCUUCCCGUUUCAACCUCCAACUCCAACACUCCAUCUCCAUACCCAAUCUUAGAAAAGCUCUCCUCCAAUUCCGAAGACCUCUACCAGUUCCAUACUCCGUCGCCGAUGGCAGCAGCACUUCUUCUCCGAGGGUCGCCGUGCUUGAUUCCUCUCUCGAAUUAAAGAAGAAGGCAAUGGAUUUAUCUCCUGAACUCAAAGGAACUUCCAUAUUUCUUGUGGGGAUGAACAGCCCCAUGAAAACCAGUCUGGGAAAACUUUUAGCAGAAUCAUUAAGAUACUAUUACUUCGACAGUGAUAGUUUGGUUGAGGAAGCUGCUGGUGGUGAAUCUGCUGUCAAAUCUUUCAGGGAGGCUGAUGAGCAGGGCUUUCGAGCAUCUGAGACUGAAGUACUGAAGCAGUUGUCAUCCAUGGGUCGACUAGUAGUUUGUGCUGGAAAUGGUGCAGUUCAGAGUUCAACUAAUCUGGGUCUUCUGAGACAUGGGAUUACAAUAUGGAUUGAUGUUCCCCUAGACAUGAUGGCUAGUGGACAUACGGAAGACCAAAGUGUUUCAGAUUCAGAGGUGUUUUCUCAGUUAGCUUCUCUGUAUGAAGAAAUGAGGAAUGGAUAUGCCACAGCUGAUUCAAUUAUCUCACUUCAAAAAGUUGCAUCUCAAUUAGGUUAUGAUGACGUAAAUGCUGUUACCACGGAGGACAUGACUUUGGAGGUUCUCAAGGAGAUUGAAAGGCUUACAAGAGUUAAAAAGAUGAUGGAAGCGGCUGCAAGACCUUUUUGACAUAACAGGGAUCAAUUUUUACAGUGAAUUGGAGCAAUCUACUAUAUGGGUUUUUACCAUUAUUUUGGGGAAACACACCUGAGUAUGCCUGCAUUAGCCACUUCUAUCCUAUAUUGUUAGUAAGGUAAGCUGAAAUCUGACCGUAUAGGAUGUUUUUAAAGGUCUUAAUCACCGUUGGUUUGUUAAAAUGGUAAGUUUCUCCUUUCAAAUACAACAAAAAUUGCAUUGAUCAUUAUUACAUUAGCAAAUCCAUGAAGACACCUCAGGGUCAUAAGAAAAUUAAUCCAAUCAAACAGGUUUUGUGCAGAGUGAGUUUGGUGGUGCCACAGUUUAUAUUUUGUUUUUGUUUUCAUAUUUUGGUGGAAGAAACUCCAUUAAUAUAAUUCAAAUACUACAAAUCGGAUCAAUUACUUUA